AUGCCGAAGGUAGCGAGGUUCCACCAACUGGGCGGGCCAGAGGUGCUGCAGAUGGACGAGAUUGCGUUCGAGGAUCCGGCGGCUGGCGAGCUGCUGUUGAAGGUCAGCGCCAUCGGGAUAAACCGCAUGGAAGUCUUCUUCCGCGGAGGUGGGUUUGGCCCGCCCAAAGCGUUCCCUGCUAUGCUCGGGUCGGAAUGUGCUGGGACGGUUCUGGCGAUAGGUCAAGGCGUCACCGGGUUCGCCAUCGGGGAUCGCGUGGCGACCAUCCCGGGGUUUACGAGUGUUCCGGGUUUCGCUACUGAGAUGAAAGGCCACGAAUGCGCUGUGUACGGCGAGCAGGCUUAUGUGCCGGCGGAGAUGGCGGUGAAGAUGCCUAAUAGCAUAUCGUUCGUUGAUGGCGCUGCGUUAUGGAUGCAGUAUAGUACAGCCUGGAAUAGCAUGGUCGACACUGCCCAGCUGCAAAAGGGCGAGUAUGUAUUACUGACGGCGGCGACGUCGUCGGUGGCGAUUGCAGCGGCCCAGAUUGCUAUAUCGCAGGGUGCCAUUCCCAUCUGUACGACCCGGAGUCAGUCUAAGGUAGCGGCACUGAAGUCGCUCGGUAUCGAACAUAUCAUUAUAACGGACGAGCAGGAUAUCGCGACAGAAGUAGCUCGUAUUACCGGCGGCGUCGGCUGCCGCGUCAUCUACGACCCGGUUGCUGGAAAAGGCAUCAGCAAACUACUCGAUUCAGUUGCAAUCAACGGGAUAAUCCUCAUCUACGGCGUCCUAGACCUGGCUCCGGCCACGAUUGACCCACUGAAGGGAAUGGCCAAGUUUGCAACCAUCAAGUUUUCAGCUGUAUUUCAGACCCUAUUGAAUGCAGAGAAGCGCACUAAGAUGACUGAGUUCGUGCUGAAGAGCGUCGCCAACGGCUCGCUGAAGCCUAUCGUCGAUAAGACCUUUCCGUUCAAGGAUAUUGCUGAAGCGCAUCGCUAUCUUGAGAGCAAUCAGCAUGUCGGAAAGGUCGUCGUCACGGUCGAUUGA